GUUCACUUGGGGGCCAGCACCGCAGCUGAGGUCUGCCCUGUCAGAGACCUGCCAGCGCCCAGCACCAACCCACUCCUGGGCCUCCUGGGCCCCACACCUGCCCAGGUAGCCCCCCUCUGGGGCCACAGAGAAUCCCCCUGCCCCUCCCUGGGCCUGGCCACAGUGCAGGCCCUGACUUCUGCAAUCCUAACUGCCACUUCCGUUCCCUGGGCGACCUGCCCAGCCCUUUCACAGCCAGCACAUCAUCAGGGCAACUUUUCCCUGAAGACUGGCCACCAUGGUGCCCUUGGGGCCACUGCUCUGGGCCCGCCAGUCUCUGCUCAGCCUCCUGCUGCUGGUCUGCUGUCUGCUGCCCCCAGGUGCCCAGGGGCAGGCAUCUUCACUGCGGGUGGAGCCCCAGGACCCGGUGGUGCCUACUGGAGGGUCGCUCUUGGUGAAUUGCAGUGCUGACUGCCCCAAUCCCAGUCAAAUUGCCCUGGAGACGGCCUUGUCCAAGGAGCUGGUGGACAGUGGCCUGAGCUGGUCAGCCUUCCAGCUCAGCAAUGUGACUAGCGACAGUAAGAUUAUCUGCUCCAGCUUCUGCAGUGGCAACCAGAUUACAAGCACUACAGGCAUUACUGUGUACCGGCUCCCGGAGCGCGUGGAGCUGGCGCCCCUGCCCCCCUGGCAGCCCGUGGGCGACAACUUCACUCUGCGCUGCCAGGUGUGGGGCGGAGCGCCCCGGGCCAACCUCACCGUGGUGCUGCUCCGCGGGCAGAAGGAACUGAGCCGGCAGCCCGCAGUGGGGGAGCCCGCUGAGGUCACAGCCACAGUGCCUGCGAGCAGGGAGGACUACGGCGCCAACUUCUCCUGCCGCACGGAACUGGACCUGCGGCACCAAGGGCUGGGACUGUUCGAGAACAGCUCGACCUCCAGGCAGCUCCGAACCUUUGCCCUGCCAAUGACCAGCCCGCACCUCACCGCCCCCCAUAUCUUGGAGGUGGGCAAAGAGUUCACCGUGGACUGCUCCUUGGAUGGGGUGUUCCCGGUCUGGAAGGCCCAGGUCCACUUGGCGCUGGGGGACCAGAUGCUGAAUCUCACGGUCCUGAGACACAGGGAUGCGUUCACGGCCACAGCCAUGGCCACAACGCGCGAGGAGCAGGAGGGCGCCCAGAUUGUCUGCAACGUGACCCUGGGAGGAGACAGCCGCGAGACCCGGAAGAACGUGACCGUCUACCGCUUCGAGGAGCCCAUGCUGUACCUGAGCAAGGACAGCGUCCUGGAGGGUACCAUGGUGAAUGUGACUUGCAAGGCCGGGACCCGAGUUACAGUUAAGCUGGACGGGGCUCCAAUCAUGGCCCCGGGGCAGCCCGCCCAGCUUCAGAUAAAUGCCACGGAGAGCGACGACGGGCGCAAUUUCUCCUGCAAUGCCAGGCUUGAGGUGGGCCGGAAAAUCCUGCACAAGAAUAGGAGCGUCCAGCUAAGUGUCCUGUACGGUCCCAAGAUUGACCGGGCCAAAUGCCCCCAGCACUGGAUGUGGAAAGAGAGAAGUUACCAAGUCCUGGAGUGUCAGGCCCGGGGCAACCCGGCUCCCACGAUGAACUGUUCGCAAGAAGUCUCCAAGCUCAAUGUGCCCGUCGGGAUCCCAUUCCUCGUCAAGUUAUACCACAAUGGCAUUUACCACUGUCAGGCCGUCAGCUCGCAGGGCAUGACCACCGUGGAGGUGGUGAUGGAAGUUCAGGAUUGGAACGCCCGCUCCGUCACCAUCACCAUGGCGGUGUUAGUGGUCUUGGGCCUGGUGAUUAUUACAGCAGCCUUACUGUACGUCUUCGGGGUGCCGAAGCGGAGCGGCAUGUACCACGUGAAGGACAGGAGCACCUCGCUGCCCCUCACGUCUGAACAGCCCGACGGGCUGGCGGGGGAGGAGCCGUCCUGAGCUGCGGGCCUCUGGGAUCCCAGGCCAAAGACCACGGGGGUGCUGGCUGUAUCCCUGGAGUCCACAUCAAUAAAGCCUUCAAACUCCGGAGUCUGUGGCUUAAUUCCA